AGGGAGGGAGGGAGAAUGGCGGCAGCAACUUCGAGCUUGGUGUCGCCAUGGCAGGCGGCGACCUUUUUUCGGCAUUAUAAUAAUAGCUUUUGUCAAAAGGGUCAUCCUGUUCCUUGUUAUUAUAAUCUUCAUUUUAAUAAUAACAACAACAAUUCCAAACGUCGUUUCCUUUCUUCAAACGCCUACAACCAUGUUGAUUGUUCUUCGUCCUCGAAGCUCUCGCCCAUUCAUGCCCAUUUCUCGUAUCCCGGUUGUGGAUGCUCCUGGAUUCAAGACAAUUCGAUGGUUCAUGUUUCAGGGACGAGUAGCGACAGAUUGUUCCGAUGCUCGGCCCUACCGACCAAAACGGUGGACAUUGCUUCAGUGCAGGAUCUUUUUCAGUUCAUAUGCUCGGGUCCUCUCAUUGAAAAGUUGGGUCUUACUCCCGAAAAAGUCGGAGACUCCAUUGACAAAUGGCUAAUGUAUGGAUCACAGCUCUGCAGACUGUUUCAGCUCAACGAGCUCCGUCUCACGGUUCCUCAGAAAGCUAGGAUAUACCACUACUAUAUACCUGUCUUUGUCUGGUGUGAAAACCAGAUUGCCCUGCAUAAUUCCGAGUUCGAAGAUGGAGAUGAUGUGCCUCCAUUAGUGAUUGGUUUUAGCGCCCCACAAGGGUGUGGUAAGACGACGCUCGUGUUUGCACUCGAUUAUCUUUUCAAAACUACCGGAAGGAAAUCGGCAACCAUAUCCAUAGAUGAUUUCUACCUGACUGCAGAAGGCCAGGCUAAACUUCGAGAAGCAAAUCCGGGAAAUGCUCUUCUAGAGUUGCGGGGAAAUGCAGGAAGCCAUGAUCUUCAAUUUUCCAUCGAGACACUUGAAUCUCUUACCAAAAUGACCAAAGAAGGUAUGAAGAUGAAAGUACCUCGGUAUGAUAAGUCUGCUUAUAACGGGAGAGGUGACCGAGCUGAUGCUUCAACAUGGCCUGAAGUUGAAGGACCUUUAACGGUUAUUCUCUUCGAGGGGUGGAUGCUCGGUUUCAAACCGCUUCCAUCCCAAGUCGUUAAAGCAGUUGAUCCGCAGUUGGAGACGGUGAAUAAGAAUCUCGGAGCUUAUUACGACGCGUGGGACAAGUACAUCGGCGCUUGGGUCGUGAUCAAGAUUAAGGACCCGAGUUAUGUCUACCAAUGGCGACUGCAGGCUGAGAUCGCAAUGAGGCUGGCGGGAAAUCCCGGGAUGUCGGAUGAAGAGGUAAGGGACUUUGUUUCGAGGUACCUACCUGCGUACAAAGCGUAUCUUCCGACGCUCUAUUCGGAAGGGCCAAACGGGUCGGACUCGGGACGGGUUCUCGUAGUUGAUAUCGAUGAAGAGAGGAACCCUAUUCUUGCGGCUUGAAACUGCGAAAAAAUGGGAGAUCGGAAAUCGGAAUUUCUUUCUCAUCUGAAUUCGAAGCGGAAAUGGUUAUGGAUAGUCUCUCCAUGUCUGAGCAGUUGUGUUCAUUGUCGUGUAAUGUCAUCGAUGGCGUUUUUAUUGUCUUGGUUUCGUCGUGUCACUGCUAUUACAAUCAGAAAUCACAAAAAUUCUUCUGUCAUGUCACUA